UCAAUAAGUAUAAAAGAAACGCAACCUUUAUUAUAUAUAUAUAUAGAAAAUCGAAAGCAAAAGAGAAACAAAGGGAUAUAUUAAAAAUGGACACAAAAAUACAACCAAUAGUUGAUCGCAUUUAUGAAGACUUUGAACCAUAUUAUGAAUGGGAUAAAGAUGAAGGGUGUUUCACUUUUAUGCUACCAGGAUUUAGAAGGGACCAUCUGAAGGUUCAAGUGACAUCAAAACCAGCCCUAAAGCUGAAGGGCGAACGACAAAUCAGCCCGAACCGAUGGCGCCGUUUCGACCUGGAAUUUCGCAUUCCUUCUGACUAUGACUUAGAAAAAGUGAGUGCCAAGUUUGAGUUUGAAGGUAGCAAGUUACAAGUAAAGUUUGCCAAACUGGAUAAUAAGCCUAAGGAAACAACAACAAACCCAGCAGAAGAAGCAGUUUCUUCAAGGCCCAAGGAAGAAGCAACAGAAAAGGUUCACCAGCAAAAUGCUGCACAAGAAGAAGUUGCCCCAAAAGCAAAAGAAGACAAGCCUCAAGCAAGGAAUGAUAGUGAAGCCUCUGAUCAAAAGAUACCACAUAAGGAGGAGAAGGAGCCAAGUGAUGAGAAGGUAAACAACAAAACAGAAGCAAGCUUUAAAAAGGUGGCUCAAGAGAAGGGCAAGGCUAACAAUGGCAUAACUGAAACCAAAAAUGCCAAGCCUAUAACAAGAUUCAAAACAAAGGUUUUGGAUUUCAAUCAGAGUUUAGGACCAUCAAACUGGGUUUACAACAAAGAAGAUAAAGACACGGGGAUUAACAAGCGGAAGAGAUUGGUGAACUGCAGUUUACUAACCUUAUUGGUAGUGGGAAUUGGGCUUUGUGCUAAAACUGCAUUCUCAUCAUCUCGUGGAGGAUCAAAAUUCCAAGAGAAGUGA